AUGUCUUCAUUUUCACCUGUGAAUAAUAUUUCAUCGCCGCCAGACCGCGUCAUGGAGGAGGCGACAACAUCUUCCACACCUCGCCCUCACGCCAAGCCCGGCGCGGCGCCCCAAGAUACGACAUCGUCCAUGAUCGCUGCCCACGACGAGAGCACGCCUCGGAACAUAAAUAGCAUCGAAGACUCACAUCACCAUGCCGACUCCCAGGGGAGUGCAUCGCUGACCUCAGAGGAUGCUGUACACGGUGAGUCGGAUGAAGGAUCUGAACAUGAGGCGGAAAAUAAGGGUGGCGCUCCACCUUCGAAAAAGAAGAAGGGUCAACGAUUCUAUUGCACAGACUUCCCACCGUGUAAUCUGAGUUUUACAAGAAGUGAACAUCUCGCUCGACAUAUCCGCAAGCAUACCGGAGAACGUCCGUUUCAGUGUCACUGUUCACGUCGCUUUUCCCGUCUCGAUAAUCUGCGACAGCAUGCUCAGACGGUGCACGUCAACGAGGAAAUUCCUGGAGACUCUCUUGCAGCCACUGGAACACGAUUCCAGCGCCAGAUCCGGACAGACCGUGUACGACCCCAAGGUCGAGCUAGAGCAGGAACCGCGGGCAGUCAGGGAACCCAUAGCAGAGGUCACAGUCGAAACCUAUCUGCCUCGAGCAUUACCUCAACUGCGUCCACCUUCAGUCAGCCCCAGGAGCUUCGUCGCCGACCUCCACCCUUGAUGAUGGCGAAUGAUAGGGCGCGUCUGAUGGAGCCGAUGGACGCCCCUAGCACGCCACCUGCCCGCGGAAUACCCGGUCCAACAGCCGGCGGAUCUCCCUACACGCCGUCUCACCACAUCUUCUCAGCGGGCGGCAACGGCAGCCCGCACGUGGCUUCCCCCAUCUCUACGGCAUCACAGGCCUCGGGCUUCUGGGAAGGCAAAACUGCCGCCCGCCGUCUCUCCGUUCCUACGGGUGCGAACCCGUUCGCAUCGCAACACGUCAAUGCCUACCCGCCGAACUACGUUCCGACGCAAGCGUAUGCUCCUCAUGGAGGCGUCUAUGCGAGCCCUGUCAGCUCGUCCUACUCACUCUCCCGCGACGAAACAAACCACGGUGCUACCGACGCUGAUCUCCGGAGAAGAACUUGGCAUCCUUCGACUUGGUCUACGGUCCCUCGGCCUGCUACAAGCGGUCUUAGCAACUAUCAGACGCCAGAAGUGUUUAAGCCAUCUUUAGGCGCCAAUGGAUCAACAGAGCAGCCACCGCGGCUGCCUGGAAUUGAGAGCUUUGAUAAGGUGGUGGCUCAAAGGCCCUUGACACCGCCCGUUCGGCGGUCGAGUCCGAUGCAAAUCGACAACCCCAACAAACCUCCGAAUUAUAACCUUGCCGGGGGCUACAACUACAUACAGCCCGCUAAACGACCGGCACCGCCAAUCUCUGGCCCUGGUCACCGACGGGGCCAUGUCUCUUGGGACAUGUCAUUGCACACGAACCUCACUGGCCUGCACAUCAGAGACAAGCCUCCACAGCGGGACGCAUCGAACUGGAGCCAGCAGACCAUUGCAGAGAUUCACAAUGUGGGAUCUCGCCCCUCGUCUUCGUACCAACCACAGUUCCACGAUUACCGAGGACAUGGGCAUGCUCCUUCCUACAGCAAUGCUACCUCGAGCUCUCAGGCCACGCGAACUUCGCCUGAGGACUCCAGUAGCAGUGAAGGGGUACAUACUCCCUCAACGGCGUCCCUGGAAUACCAUCCCGCCAUUGUGCACAACAAUGGCUAUGUGGAGCCGCACCACCCCCCGUUUUCAUCCGAUACUUCUCAUGCAGCCUGUCCCCCGCUUCCCCCACAGACUGAUAGCUAUCACGGCAAACAUGAUCCACGGUCCGAAUUCCUACCCCACACCGCCCGAGAGCCUGGAAUGGGUCGGCUGGAGGCACUGGUUGCCGUUGCCACGAGUGAGAACAAAAGCGCAGCGAAGCUGUUCCUGUGA